GUGUCACUGUCAGUAGUUUUUAAUCUGCUGUCUCUUUCUCUCUCGCCUUUUUGACGUUCUUUCAGAUCGUGUUGAGCAAAAAUCAAAAUGGUGAACGUACCAAAACAGCGCAGGACCUACUGCAAAAAGUGCAAAUGCCACAAGACCCACAAGGUGUCCCAGUACAAAAAGUCAAAGGAAAGGCAUGCUGCCCAGGGUAGAAGGCGUUAUGACCGCAAACAACAGGGUUAUGGUGGUCAGUCCAAGCCUAUCUUCAAGAAGAAGGCGAAAACUACCAAGAAAAUUGUGCUGCGUCUUGAGUGUGCCGACUGCAAGGUGCGAUCACAGGUUGCGCUGAAGCGAUGCAAGCACUUCGAGCUGGGUGGAGACAAGAAGAGGAAGGGACAGAUGAUCCAGUUCUAGGCUGGCUAAUAAAUAAGUUCAACUA